UGGUUUGUGUAAUAAUAUGUACAUAUCCGAUUUAUAGCAAUCAACACCAAGUUUCAAGUAGAAAAUGAUAGAUAUUCAAAUCGCCAAUUGUUAUCUUAUUGUGAUGAAGUUUCCCAAAUAAAUCUUUGUCACACACAAUACAUAACAUGUUGAAAUUAGCAAUCAUAGGUUUAACUUGUACAAUAUUACUUAUUUUAAUUUUAUUUCGACUGUCAAAUAAUCCCACCAUCUGCGAAACAUCAGAGGGUUCAGGGACCCUCCUGAAUGGGAACUCAACACUGAAUGAUGAUAUAAUAAUGUCUGAGCAUCUCCAAGUUGAUGCGAUCCUCCACUAUGCCACGUCACGUGUGAUACCUCAACAAACAUUGGACGAGAUCAAGAUAUCUUUCAACUUAAUCAAAUCACUAACUCCUUGUAAUUUGCUAGUAUUUGGGUUAGGUCAUGACUCGUUUAUGUGGUCAUCGAUGAAUUCACGUGGCACAACAUUUUUCCUAGAGGAAGAUCCAAAAUGGAGCAGGGCUAUACUUAAAGACCUAUCAUUCAUCCGUUCUAACACAGUUAGAUACAGGACGACUUUGUAUGAGGCAGAGAAACUAAUCGACCACUACAAUAAGGAACCGGAUUGUUGGGCUAGAAAAUCAAUUUUACGAGGUAAUACUAAAUGUAAGCUAGCAUUGAACACGUUAUCGAAGGAAGUGUAUGAUAAAGAAUGGGACAUUAUUAUGAUAGAUGGUCCAAAAGGGUAUUUUGAUCAAGCACCGGGAAGAAUGUCAGCGAUUUAUUCUGCUGCUGUUAUGGCAAGAAAUCGAAAAGGGCCUGGGGUAACACAUGUAAUAUUGCAUGAUGUAGAUCGCGAUGUAGAAAAAGUUUAUGCAGAACUUUUUUUGUGUAGGAAAAAUUUGGUCAAUGGUGUAGGAAAGCUAUGGCAUUUUGAAAUUCCUCCAGCUACGGAUAUGAACACUGAUUUUUGUUAGAUUAAUAAACAUUCAAUUUUUAUUUUGA